AAUAUUUUUCCAGAGCAAGAUGUUGCGCCUUCUGUUUUACACGUCGUUUUGAAGAACCUCUUGCAACACCAUGGGCAUGUUGCAAGAGAUUCCUGAAAUUGUAGUGUCUUAUUUUCUUUCCCGGACAAUAUGGACACCUAAAACCUGCGUCUGAAAACCUUAAUUUGCACUUACCAUCUACCAACUCUUUGUAAGCAAAUUCUCUGUCUUCACUUCUUCUUCACACUAAACAGCCACCUCUGAGCCGUAAAGCACCGAAGCUGCUGUCAUCCUCGCUCCUCCCAUCAAGAUUCAUGGAGCUUACCUGUCCAUGCGGAAAUGGUAUUUUAAUCAAGAAUGUAACAACAAAAGGCCCUAAUGUGACCCGUCCUUAUUACAAAUGCCCCGGUUCCCAGAAGGGAAAUAACAUCCCAGAUUGUAAGUUCUAUUCAUUCGAGGAUGAACUAAAGCGGUGUCCCUGCGGACGUGGCUUUUGCCGCACCGCCUUUAUAAGAAAAGAAAAAAUUUGGUGCUGCUGCGUUCAGGGACUUGGUGAUUGCGGAUUCAUGAUGAGGAUCACAUCAACCUGGCAACUGCCGAGGGAUUGGAACUCGAACCCUCAAUCUUCCUCGGCAGCGUCUCAAUUAAUCUUCCUCGGCAGCGUCUCAAUCUCCCUCGGCACAAUUUCAACAAUUUCAGUCUCCCUCGACACCAUUUCAAUAUCCCUCGGCACAGGUUCAAUCUCCCUCGGGACAGUGGCACAGUUUCACUCCUUCGGCUACGUUUCAAUCUUCCUCGGCGAAGUUUCAAUCUCCUUCCAGCCCUUUGAUGCACACUCCCUUGGCUCAGCCUCAGUCCUCUCCUCCCAUUACCCAAGAUAGGUCUCGGUCUCCUCCCAGCCAAGUUGUGCUUAAGAAGAAAACUGAGCUACUUACACAAUCUCUCAAAGUAGCUCAAUCAAGUGCUGCUGCCUAUCUUAAUCUUAUUGAAAAAUUUGCUGGUUGUUAAUUGGAUGAUGAGUAGCUUGUUAUUGUUCCUUGCUACCUACCCCUUCCUUAUUGGGUAAUGGGACUUAUUGGAACUUAACAAAUGGAUAUGUUUUCAUGUUGGGGUUAAGGAACUUUUUUUUUUUUUUUGCUGUAUUCAUGGUGGUUGUUUUGAACCCUCACUCUCCUCCAUCUUUUGUUUGUCAAAGAGUAUUUCACAAUUUUAUUGACUAGCAGACCGGGGCAAUUGUACUUGUUGUCUUUCUCAUUCUCAUCCUCGUCUCAUUUUUUCUCCGCCA